AUGCUCAGACUACUCCUCAAACUCCUCAGUCUAAUCCUCAGACUCCUCCUCAGAUUAUCCUCAAACUCCUCAGACUACUCCUCAAACUCCUCAGACUACUCCUCAAACUCCUCAGACUACUCCUCAAACUCCUCAGACUACUCCUCAAACUACUCCUCAGACUACUCCUCGGUCUAA